UCAUUAAUAUUAUUACUGUAUGAUCUAUCGAUUGUAAAAAAAAAAAAAAAGUUACCACGUUAUCAUCUUUCAUGGAAGCAGGAUAUAGUUACCCUCAGCCACCAAGAUAUGAAAUGCUCAACAAAGAACAGUAUCCAAACCUUAGGCCUCCACCGGGACACAGACACAACAUUCCACGUUACAACGAUGAUCACUCUCGCAAAUCAUCUAAGCUUUGCUUGAGAUGUAUUUGUUGCCUAUAUUGUUGUCUACUCACCAUAGUCAUCAUCUCCUUCCUCCUCAUCCUAAUAGUCUAUGCCAUUUAUAGUCCUCAGAUACCUAACUACGAGCUCGAAAACUUGAAGGUCAACACAUUCGAGGUUCGCUCAGAUCGUAGCUUUUCUGCAGAAUUUUUGGUUUCUAUCAAGGCUGCGAACCCUAAUGCCCAUAUAGGAUUCCAUUACGGCAAGGACAGUUCUGUUGUUGUCGAGUACUUGGACAAAUCUCUUUGUUCGGGAAAACUACCAUCAUUUUUUCAGCCAGGGAGGAACACUAGCAUUGCAAAUGUUUUGUUGAAGGGGAGAAGUGAGUUCGAUUUAGACCUGCAACAGACGCUAUCGAAGAACCGGAACUCGGGAAAGAUCCCGUUGGUUGUGAAAUUGAAGGUCCCUGUUUCAAUUGUUCUUGGAGACUUUCUGUUGAGACAAGUUGUGAUUCUUGUUAACUGCUCUAUGGUUAUCAAUAAUCUGUCUGCUAACCAGCCGGUUAAGAUUUUGUCAAGUGGUUAUAGUUACACAUUUGCGUUUUGAAAAUUCCGAAGGUUAUUAAAAUCAUCCAUUGAGAUCAGAUUGGCAGAGAAU